UCCAGUCGGCAUGUAAACAGUGAAGCACAAAAUGUGCUACAAGACCUUUUGUGCCUUCUAGGUGGAUUAUAUCUUUUAUAAAGGCAUAUAGAGGUUAAGGUUCAGAUUUCUUUGAACAUUAGCCAUGAAACUAUACCAGGCUCUCCGUAAUGUCGGUAAGUUUAGGACCGUUUUCGACUUUGGUGGACGGGAUGUGGCUCACUGGUUUCCCGGACACAUGGCUAAAGGACUCAAACAGAUGAAAGCCAACCUCAAGAACGUGGACUGCAUCAUAGAAAUCCACGAUGCCAGAAUUCCCUUCUCUGGAAGAAACCCUUUGUUUCAGGAGACCCUAGAUGUCAGACCACACCUGCUAAUUCUCAACAAGAUGGACCUCGCUGACAUGUCCCACCAGCAGAGAAUUCGAAAGAGGCUACUCAAAAAUGGAGUGACAAAUGUUCUCUUCACAGACUGCCUCAAACAGAGAGAUGACAACAUCAAAAAGUUGGUACCAAUGGUGAUGGAGAUCAUAGAGAACAAACCACGUUUUAAUAGAGAUGAGAAUACAGAUUAUUGCCUGAUGGUGAUUGGAGUGCCAAAUGUUGGAAAAUCAUCACUUAUUAACUCUCUAAGAAGAACAAAUUUGAAAAAAGGCCGUGCAUCUCGAGUAGGUGGGGAACCAGGCAUAACGAAAGCAGUCCUGACCAAAAUUCAGGUGUGUGAACGACCCAUAAUGCACCUGUUGGACACACCGGGGGUCUUGGCUCCUAGGAUUGAGAGCGUUGAAACAGGAAUGAAGCUAGCUUUAUGUGGAAAUAUACUGGACCAUUUAGUGGGUGAAGACAUUAUUGCUGAUUAUUUACUCUAUUCUCUGAACAGGCUUGAAAAAUUCAGUUAUGUGGAAAAGUACGGCCUCCAAGAGCCUAGUGAUGAUAUCAAUCAUGUACUUAAACGCAUUGCAGUCAAACUUGGAAAGACGCAGCGAGUUAAAGCCAUUACUGGAGUUGGAAAUAUUACCGUCAUUGUCCCAAACUACACAGCAGCAGCUUAUGAUUUCAUAAGAUCCUUCAGAAAAGGAGAGCUGGGACAAGUAAUGUUAGACUGAACUAAGAGUCAAAGACUAUUUUGGGGUUUUGUUGGCCCCUCUGUUGUGUUUGUCUUCAAGGAAAAUACAAUGCAUCACUGUGGUCAAGUGUUUCAACCAGUUGGGGAUUGAUUUAAAUGGUGUAAAGAACCACCAGGACACUGUAUCCUUUGUAAAUAAAAGACUUUAAUUUUAUUUCAGGUAUGACAUUGCAAUUUUCUUCACAAGGUGUAAACAAGGAUAUUUAUUAGCAUAAAGACAGUGAUAAUAAACUUAGUUUUUCCUAUGUACAGAAGUGUUGUAUUAUAUAUUAGAGUGCACUUAUAGAUAUGGAACAGUCUGUUGCUCCUGAGUCUACUGCAGGUAAAAAAAUGUUCUUCAUGGGUGAUGGGCAUCCACCACUUCCUUCAGAGACAUGAUAAUAGUGAGAGCAGCAGUUUGUUUUGUCGUUUUCACACAACUCUGGCGAAUAAAUGAGAUAAAGAAAUGUAUAGAAGAAAGGUUUAAAUUGCACAAAAAGUCAGGAUGAUAAUGAAAGCUGGUUGCCACCUUAGAUCAUCCAGAUCAACAACCAACAUCUUUAAAUCCAGUUUGGAACUGAAGUAAAAACUUUAAUGAUUUUGGAGGUAAUAAGUAAAAAAGUACAUUUAUUUUCCUCUCUAAAUGCAAAAAGUGCAAAUCUGGAAUACAACAAAAUGUGUUGUUUUUUUCUUUCAAGGAAUGGAAAAAUGCUGGUUGUCCAACUUUAUUGGAUGGAUUGUCUCCUGAUCUUGUAUUACACAAAGUGCCGCAACAAAGUGCAUUUGUUUGUGCACAUAUGAAAAUACAUAUUUAUAGACAAUUUUAGUUUGGCAGUAGAAUUAUGUCUUAUA